UGCGUAACCGUGGUUGUCCUGAACGUCCACUUCCGGUCACCGCAAACACACAAAAUGGCUCCUUGGGUAAAAAGAGUUUUUAUCCACAUUCUUCCUCGCUUGCUGGUCAUGCGAAGGCCUCAAUAUAAAUUUGAUACGAAUAGAUAUACUUCUAGCAGAGUGUUAAUGAGAACUGUCAGGGGAAAAGAGAAGGCUUGCUAUUAUCCCUAUCGUUCAUCCACUCAAGAGGACAGCGAAGAGCAUCUAACACCUAAGCGAUUUCAUAGUCGUGUUCCUUCGAAAGAAGACCUCUCACCUUCCAGCCUAACGGAUGGCGCAAGAUUCGGUGGGAGUUGUUUAAUUCACGGACCAACGUUACCGCCGCUUCCUCUUCAAUCCGAGUGCGAAAAUCUCUCCGUUUCCGGGGAAGCAGGUAUCGAAGAAGUGAAAAGUCCAGUUCUACGAAGUCCUCCACCAUUUUCGCAUUCGCGUUGCCCUCCUGAAAUUCACAAAUCUUGCAUUUGUGUGCGUUUCAUCGCGGAACACACCAAAAUGCUCGAGGAUUCGACCAAGGUGAAAGAGGACUGGAAGUACGUGGCGAUGGUCCUAGACAGACUGUUCCUUUGGAUUUUCACUUUGGCGGUACUGGUUGGCACGGCUGGAAUUAUCUUACAAGCACCGACCCUCUACGAUGACCGGGUUCCGAUUGAUAAAAAAUUCAGCGAUUUUGCAACCACAACGGUAGUAAACUGCCCGCCGCAAUAGUCUAUGCCUGAGCUCUGUACCGUAGAUAAAGACUAAGGACCAACGCUCGGAAGUAACUUGGUACCAACCCGGAAUCCCAUUCUAGUCUCAGGAACUUCCAACUUCCAUCAACGUUCGGUAACGAAAUUACGGUAAAAGGGCUCCAUUUUCUAAAAUGAUUGUAAAGUAUACGACGUACACCGUGCUUCGUGCUUCGGAAGAAAAAAAAAUAGAGAAGAGAAACGAACGAAGAAGAUCCAAGGAAAUACAAAUUAUAAAAACUACUACUUCGGUUUCAAGUUUCAAGUUUACGAGAAAAUGUGAAAUGUUUUGUUCCUGAAACGCAAUUGAAAUGAUAACGAGUAAGCUGACUCGGGCCAGGGGUGAGAUUUCUCCGAACGAGAAACGUUCGAAACAUGUCGGUAAUCUUAUAACUUUGGGUCCAUCCAAGGAGAUAGAAAUUAUAAAAACUAUUAUUUCGGUUUCAUUUCAAAUUUACGAGAAAAUGUGAAAUGUUUCGUUCCUAAAAUACGAUUGAAACGUUAACGAUUAAGCAUACUUGUGUCAGAAGUGGGAUUUCUCUGAACGUGAAGCGUUCGAACUGUAAUCCUGUAACCUCGAUUCUAUCCAGAAAACAAUGAAGAAUCGACUAUGCAAUACGAAGGAACCGCACGCCUUGGAAUCUUUCUUCGUUUCGAUGCCAUCGACUUAAGAGAACGCGCGACGAAAUGUUGAUCGUUCGAGUGUUAUCGUCGCGCGGAGAAGAAGCGAUCGACGUGUCGCGUGAAUUAUGAAGAAACUUAUACCUAUAUAGUCUGCUCAAGUAAAUCGUAAUAUGAAGCUGCCACUACUUAAUCGGGUUAACUUAAAAGAACAAGUUAAUUAAAUGUAUUGUAACGAUAAUUUAGUUAAACCCUUGCCGACUUUCGUCGUGUUUCCGUGACUCUUGAAGGGAUCGAAGAGACGGAAAGGUUAAGUUAAACGGUUUACGGUUGAUCGCCGUAAAAUUCGAUUGUUCAACUCUAGCCCAAGGGUGAUGAAACUUUCUCGAAUAAACCUGUCGUACGAUCGCGCGUUUUAUAUAUCCCGUUUACUCGAAACGUUGAGAGAAAUUAUUCUAGGCAUCACGACAGUAGAUAGUUCGUUGUACGACACGAAUAUAGCGUGUAACUUACUAUAUAAUCGAUUAGUUUUAAACAUUUAGUAACGUACCCGUUUGUACGAACGUAUGUUUAAGGAAAUCGGUGCGGUGGAGAGAAAGGAUAACGGUUCAAGCGUACGCGCAUCGAAAUGUCGCUCGAGAUUACGGUUUCCAUUCUUUUAUCGUUCCCACGUUCGUUAACUGAUUUCAUAUAUUAGGAGAGACUGGGGUUAAUUGAAACAUGGGGCAAUAAAAGUAAAAUAAAUAAUUUAAAGAUAGUUUACGACAUAAACAGAGCGUCGAAGAGAAAAAGGACCAGUUUUCGUGUCUAAACCUAUCGUAUCAACGUUUCUAUUUUUGUGUAUUACUUUUCCAACACGAAAGGUAAGUUUUCUAACUAUUCUUAUUUUAUUUAUCAAUUCAGAACUGUCAUUCCUCUUUCUGUCCAAUUUACAUUAUCAUAAUUAUGAAUAUCCUAGUUGAUUUUAGAAUGUUAAAUACCUACCUACGAUAUUCAAUUUUGUUUCUAUGAAAUUAAACAUAUGUAACGACUGGGUUGUGUCUGUUGAAUCAACUGUAUUGUUGAUUGAAAUCCUUUUCACUUGAUUGUUUCUAGAGGCAUUUUCAAGUGAUUUUUUCUAAAUUUUCUUUCAUUUUUAAUGAUUUUAACGAGUCUGACAUUUUUUAGUGUGUAUUUUAGAUAUUUAAUAGCUCGAUUUUAUUGUUCAGUUGAUUAAAUUCAGUUGAUAUGAAAACAAAUGAAUAAUGGUUCUCUUUUGAAACCACGUGAUCAGGCGAGUAUAAUUGAAUUCCAUUACCAAACAGAUAGGACAUAGAACGAAGCCACGAUAAGCUAUUUUAACAAAAAUGUUCAAAUUGACCCCAGUCUCCCCCUACUCUCUGUAAUAAUGAUCUUUUCAGCUGAGAUCGUAAUCAUACGAAAAGUUCUAGUCUUUUUAUUACUCAAAAACAGUCCCAUUUGUGGCGAUUAUUGGGAAUAUCUUUUAUUAUUAACACUUUAACACUUGUCUAAAUAUUUUUGGAAUGCACACAUGAUGCUAUCAAGAGAUACACGUGUAUAACCUACCCCCGAUUUACAUAGAAUUCAUGGUUUUUUCUAUGAAAAGCAGUAUUUAAAAUGAGAGUAAAGUACAAAUGAAAGGCAUGAAAAUAUCAGCCCGUUCGUGAAAUAAUAAAUAUGUAAAAUUACAUUUUAUAAUAUUAUUUUUACUUUUCAAAGGUGCCUCUUAUUUCUAUUAUUUUCGUUUUUAAAUUUCCUUCGACACGGUAACAUCUGUAAAAUUUAAAUUGUAUUAUAAUAAUCCAACAAAAACUGUAAUUAUUUAUCGUUAUCCAUUAAAUACGAAAUUUUAGAAAUUCUUUAUUAGAAAAAGCACAACGAUAUAUAUCUUACAACUGUUAAAGACUUACUGCCCUGAUCGAUACGAAUGCUUUUUGUAUUCAAAUAAAAAAGAAGGAGGGAAACGAAAUUCCCUUUUGUAGAUUUAAUGCUAGUGUUAACAAGGGAACGGUACUAACGAAUAACUGUACAAAUACGUGCACAGCAUCGAUUUCUGUUUUUAACAGUUUUUGGAAAUUCAAUUGUUUCGAAAAUUGUGUAAAUCGGGGGAUGGGUGUACAAAUUGUCCACGCAACAAAAUUGCUGUCCUAUAGCCUAAUCUCAAAUUUAAUUUAACGGUCAGCUCUGAAAAAUUGAAUAUUAUUUUCAUCAAUAAAUAUGCUCGUAUUAGGUAUUUGAUCCCAGAUAAUGGUUAAAACAAUAUUCGUUGUUUUCUGAUAAUAAUAUUAAUAAUUAAAUUUUAUUAAGGAUGGACACAUUUUUCAUAAUCGAAACCUUCUAUUCGAUUAAAAUAAUCGUUUCUCGCAACGUCAUUUAUUUCACACGUUUCACCUACUGCGCUACAGUUUACACUAUUACAUACACGCAUUAUCGUACGACCAAAUGAAAUUUGCAAAUAGAUCGGACCAGGCAUGUUUCUUCCCAGCUGAUAGAAAUAAAUAAAGAUUAAUUUCACCCCGCGAAAAUUAAUCUCGAGAGAAACUUCGUGACGGUCGCGUACUUCGCCUCUAUAAAAAUAUUGUAUUUUGUAACAACAAUCGAACGACGCGAGACAUUACAAUAAUAAUAACCAAUAGUACUGUAAGAACAAGUAAAGCAUACGAAUUCUAAAGCUGAUAGAUGUAGCUGAUUGAACAACUGAUUGACGUCGUUGUUCAAUGCUGUAGUAAGUGGUUGAUGUUACCGUGAGUUGUUCACGAUUUCUUUUCCAGGUUCGUUCGUUUAUUUGUGUAAUUAUGCGCCAUGUAUGUAUAAACAAUGUAUUACCACGGUUAAUGUUUGUUAGUUACGUCUCGUGCAAGCGGACACCGAUAUUCCCGAGAAUCGUGUCGGAGAAUCUGCGAUGCUUUAGCAAAAAUCGAACGAAACGACGUUGCAAGUGAACGUUCGACGACGAUCGUUAAUUUGCAACCUCGCGAAAUCGUAAAAUUAUCGAUAUUUUGACGUGGAUCAGGCCUUGUAUAAACUCGACUCGACUCGGCUCGGCUCGACUCGACGAAUCUCUAAUUCUUCGACGUCCGCAGGCAUAUUCCUAGCUAAAAGUCGUAGUUUGGACGCAAUCGAAGGUACGAUGCCUUGUGUCGCGUUGGAUUGUAAAUAUUACAUAUACAUUCGUAGGACGAAGUAUAUCGGUUCCGUAAAUACUGCCAUUAGUAAGCGUCGCGUUAGCGCGAGAGACGUUUUUGUAUCGUUGUAUUGGUAAGCUCCGUAAUUGUUCGUUAACCGUUAACCAAAUAAUAAAGAAACGAUUCGGCGCGCACGGCUGAAGCGUUCCGCUUAUCAUUUUUAUUUCGGCGUCGAGUCGAUCUUCUAACCCCGGAAAUUGACCGAAGAGAAACGAAAAUGGACAACGCGCGAAUCGACGAAUGAAAGACGCUUCGGAAACGAAGGGUUGACGGAUAAAUUGUCGAUUGAUCGGAGAUCGAUUUCGGGACACGUAGUAUUUUGGAGACUCGUAAACGUAUUCGCUACCUGAUCGAAAAGUCGUCCAGUAAACGCUGAAGCGUAUGCUCGAAGUUAGAAACGGGAGCUGCAUCGUUAACCUCGGACUUCGGGCGAAUUUUGUCAAAGUCUGAAUUCUACCUUAGAGGAACGAAAACGGAUAAGAAAUUUACUUUGCACUAGAUCGAUAGGGAAGAACGCACACAUUUUCUAUGAUAGGGUCAGUUACUAACUAACGCGUUAACGUCGUGAAUUAUCGGCUACCAUGUUGAAGCAGCUGUUGAAUCGUUUACGCGAUUCCGCAACGAGCGAUUUUAAAGUCUCGCUUUAACAAUAGUAGAUUAUUCGAUAGUCGGCUAUUGUUACUUUGAUAUUUUAACCGUUGUUAAUCUGUCGCAGACAUUUAAUUGUUGUUGUCGGUGAGGUGAGACGAUCGAGGUGUUCGUCCAGUGCUAAACGGAAAAGUUAAUGAAUUAAUGAUUCUUGGACGAGAAAACGAGUUCGCGAUACCUAGUUACAAAUUAGUCGAAUAGAAAGAGAGAGAGAGAGAGCGUGUGUGUGUGUGUGUGUAAGAGGGAGAGAGAAAAAAAGAGAAAAAAAGCAAUUAAUAUUAAGGUGUAAAUAAAAUGUACAUAGAGAAGCGUAACGUAAGUCGAAAGCUGUAAAGCGAUUGAACAUUUUUACUAUUUCAAGAAACUGGGAUCACACGUCGCACAAAUGAAUCCCACGAUGAUAUUGUUUAGAACAUGCCACAAUACGAUGAUGGUUGGCAGUGGAAAUACGAGCUAAACGAGUUGUUUUAUUUAUUAGUAACGACGAACCAGUCAAAAUAAUUUGUAUUCCUUUAAGUUACUUUAACAGAUAAGUGCGAACAAUGUAACCGAUACGAACUUCGUCUUAUUUUCUAAACGAAUUAUUCAUGUUGCAUUCUCAUGCAUGAUUGGUGUGGCCUUGAGCGCUGAACUAACGUUUAGCUGCAGUUUUGCAUCAAAUUCGAACCCAUUCCUUUCCUAGCGAAUACGAAGUUCAUGGGUUAAAAUUUGUCAACGGUUAUCUAUUGGGUUGGUCAGAAAGUUGAUCUGGAUUUUAACGCGUAAAUGAAAAGCGACUUUUUUUUAGAGAAGGAAAUAUCUUUAUACAAUAAUAUGUUCACCAUUUUAUUCUAUGAUGUUUUGGGCAAAAUUAUGAUCCCUCACAUAUAGAAUUUCUCUAAGUGAUGUUUAACAACCCUUCAAAAUCAAAGCUCUUUCUACUCAGCGAUUUUUCUAAGAAGCAAGAAAGAUGAAAAUUGGAAAAAUCAAUCUGAAAAAUAAGUGUGCACGUUUGUUUUUAGAAUUAAAAAAUGUAUGAUACUAAAGUUAGGCUGGAUAUUUGUAUAUCAAAGUCGUUUUACAGAUAAAUAAUGUUUUGAUCUGUGUGUAUUCGAUUAAACCAAAAGAAAUCUAUUUAAAGUUCGUCCCUGAAGGGAUUAAACAAUAGUGGAAGUGAAGUUAAUAAACCGAACGAACUUUUUGGCCAACUUAAUACACACUCAUAAGUCAUUGGACACUUACGAACAUUCGCUACUUAGAAGCAAACACUUCGAAUUUCAACUCAUCAGUCCACAGGACUAUUCCUGAAUUUUCUAUCAAUCGAUUUCGAUGAUAUUUAGCCCACUGAAGUUUCUUAACUUUAUUUUGACCAACACACACUCCUUUUAACAGUCGACACCGAAAUUGGUUUCUUUUGUUUUUUAUUUAAUUUCAUUGUAAUUUCUGAUGCAGUUCGUCUUUUAUUCCGUUUACUUAACCCUUUCAGACCUAAAUUAUAUUUUUUCUCGUAUUAAUGUAAUUGAAUUUUUAGACUUGGACUAAAAUUAGUAUAGGAAAAAUAAAACAACAAUCCUAAUAGUGUAGUUUUUGAGGAAAACUGGUCUUUCUUCAUGUGCACAAAUAAGGACAUUCACCCUAAACGCUAGUGUAGGUAAUUUUUAAAUGUUGUGUCCUCAAUUGUGAACGCAAGGUCUAAAAGGGUUAAUGUUUUAACAUAACUAUCGUCAGCUAUCGAUGCUUUUCUUGGCCUCCCUGACCGUUUCUUAAAUUCUAUAUUCCCUAUAUAGAUACGGUUUCAUUGUGUAACUCACGGUAGACGCGGAAAUUCCCACUUUUUCUAAAAUUUCUUUUAUGGAAUAGCUCCCUCCGGACAAAGCGACUAUUUCAGAACGCUUUGCCUCACUUAAAUCUUUUCUCCUCGUCUUCAUCGCGCUCUUAAAACUGUUGAAACCAAAUUGUUCGCGACUAAUGCUUCGAAGUGGAAGUCUAAGAGUCUGUGAGGUUGUUAGGUUUAUAUUGCGUUUACAAACGUUUAUAGAAGUCACAUGGCGGAAACAUAGUGGUUUGGAUAAACAGAGACAAAAUCUACUCUCAACAAUCAUUCUUACUUAAUGUAUUUUCAAUAGUUCGAAUGUGUUUUUCUACAUUUAAAAUAUUUGAACAACUAAAUGUUUUUUAUUGUUGCACCCAAUUGAGAGUAAACAUACAUAUUCGUAGUAUAAGCAUGAAUAAAGCAUCACAAUUUCAGUAUUUUACGCUGUAAAAGGUGUCACAACUAAACCAGGCCCUUUAAAUACCUCUUCUAAUUAUGAUGACAUACAAAUAAUAUUU